AACAUCUUCACCCAGAAUUUCUCAAUUUCUCAAUAGAUCAUUCUCCCCAAUUGUAACAUCGAGUCCCAAUAUUUUGCGGUGAGAUACAUGGAUACCUCGGAUGAGUUUGCUGAGGAUCCUUGACAGAAUACUUGUCAAAUACUUGUUAUGACUCGGUCACUUGUUCAAAAGCCUGAGAGUGGUCGCUGGUAUCUUCCGCCGUUGAUUAUCUCCUUUCGACCCCUUCGAGUGUGUCUAUCCCAUGGAUCUUGAUUUGCGCGGCGUGCAUGUUCUCGUCACUGGCGCGGGUGGCGGUAUAGGACUCGAAGCAACUCGCAUCUUCCUUGAGCAAGGCGCAAACGUUACAGCCCACUACCGCUCUUCCGAUGCGACGCUCCUCCCCCUUUUCGCCACCUAUGGCCUCACCCGCAUCCGUCUCGUACAAGCCGACCUCUCUUCGGAGCCCGCAGUCAUCUCCCUCUUCUCCUCAAAGAAUAUCGAAAGCUUUGGGCCUGUCGAAAUAGCCGUUGUGAACCACGGGGCGUACGUCGAUAAGCAUGUUUUCGUGAAAGAUAUGUCGCUGGCGCAGUGGGAGAAGACAAUGAGUAACAACUUGACGUCCUCCUUCUUGGUCGUGAGGGAGUAUCUUAAAGGGCUUGAGAAAGGUAUUAGUGUGAGUGCUGGGAUGGGUACGAGGUUUGGGGACAGGGCGGCGAUCACGCUGGUGGGAAGCACGGCGGGGAAGUUUGGAGAGGCGAGGCAUACAGAUUAUUCGGCUAGUAAAAGUGCGAUGAUGUACGGCUUCACGAUGUCGCUCAAGAAUGAGAUAGUCAAGAUCGCUCCUCGGGGACGAGUCAAUUGUGUUGCACCUGGAUGGACGAAGACGCCAAUGGCAGCUGCGGGGAUGAAGGAUCCAACCCAAGUCGGCAUGGCGCUAGCGACGACACCGCUCAAGAAGAUCGCUGAGCCCGCAGAUGUCGCGAAUCAGAUCGUGUUGCUGUCAUCAGCCAAGGUAUCAGGCCAUGUUACUGGGCAAUGCGUGAUGGUCGAAGGAGGAAUGGAGGGAAGGUUGUUGAACCCACCAGCUUAGACCAGUUCGAUUCCAACAUGUCCUAUGUAAAUAUUGGGGUAUUGAGGUAUCUGGUCGUGCGUUUU